AAUGGACUUAUCAUGUGUAAGAUGGUGUGAGGUCAUUUGAAUGAAAUAGAAAUACAAAAUAACAGCUCAUUCAGCACUAUCAGUCAGAACGCCACUGAAGACACAACAGCACAACAUUAAUGCAGCUGAAUAUACAGACCUGGAUGCACAAAUCUAUCACACAAGCUCAGAUCAGACUGACCUUAGGUGUGUUCUUGUUGCUUUUCUUAUCACAGUUUCAAGUGACUGAUUGUAUUGGCAUGUAGCACACCCGACUGAGCUGCUGACUACACAGGCCUGGAUUGCAUGCUGUAGAACAUCAGCCAAGUGUAAAGUUAGUUUCAGUCUAUUGUAGCUCUCACUGUCUUACAGAAUGACCUGACAGAUGUGAUACGCUUUAAAUAAAUGCAUGUGCAUCAAUUACUCACUCAGUAUAGUCAAGGUGAGGCCACACAUAGUCAGUGUGAUAUUUAGAAAUAAAAUCAUCUCAGCUUUAUAUUUUGCCUUGUAGAUAAUGAGUGGAUAUAAUCUAUGGCCUGCAGCUGUUAAUUUAAAACAUCUGUCUCUUUACAUCUAAGAGGUGUGUGUGUGAUAUUUUCUUAUUUAACGCGUGAUUAAACAAUUAUUGAAAGACGUCCCCUAAACCCGAUGUCGAUGUACAAAGAAUAAAUCAACUUUAAAUAGCACUGUUGACUGACCAUUACUGGAUCUAGGUUUUAAAUUUGUUGCACUGCUGACGGGCUGCAAAUAACACACAUUCAACAUAGAUAUAUUUCAUUAGCCUUCAUCAGGACGAUGCUUUUAUCUCAUCCUCACCCUGCAGGUGACACUGACAGGUGUAUGAACUUUGUUAUUCCAUCGCUCUUGGCUUUUCAGGUUAAAAGUGGAAUUUCCAGUUACCUGCUGUAUCUGUUCACUUGGCGCUCAAAAACCUCCGAAACCUGACAUAAUAAAAAACAUGGACAAUUCCUUUCUUUGCUGUGUCUAUCACAGUGGCAACAUAACAUAUAUCUGUUGACAGAAUCUGAUAUUUGAAAGCGUCAUUCAGAGUGUCUUGGUGAGAUGAAAGGUGAAAGAGAUUUAGAAACAGGUCAAAAUAUCCUUGUUAUGUUCUUAGUGACAACCAAAAUGCAGUCUGUGAAGAUUCUCAGUCACCCAGGUCAUAGUACUCGAACGAGGGUUGAAUCGACGGUAAGUGGACUUGGUUGUAGACACUUGAAGACCUUUCGCCUCUCAUCAAGGGGCUUCUUCAGUUCUAACUGGUGGGGAGUCCCAGGUAUUUCACCCCUGUGGGGUCGUUAUAAAGGUCAUUGAUACCGCUUAGUUACCGUUAGUGCUCCUGACAUAAUACCUCUCCCACCCCUGCUCACGCCUAAACCGUGACAAGUGUAUGUGUCAUGUAGUAAAGUGGUUGUCAUAUAGUGGGUGUGUCGUGUAAAUACUGUGAGUCCGCACAUAAACCCACUUGCUCUAAACAUAUAUUUACGGUAAUUCGGACAUGACAUCAAGCUGUCAUGAAAUGUGUGUGUUUUCCGCAUUCCCCAACCGCCUUUAAGCCGCUGUGAACCGUGAGCAGAUGUUAGCUUUGAGCCACUGUGAGUCGUGAGCCGAUAGUUGUGAGCCACUGUGAACUGCAAACCGCUGUGAGCCGCUGUUUAGCUGUGAGCCGCUGUGAGCUGUUAGCCGUGAGCCGUUGUGAGCCGUGAAGGGCCGAGCGCACAGCCGCAGAGCACUAUCUACCAGGAACACAGCAGCGAUACAUCCGCGGGACAGACGACGGUUCGUGGGAACGUCCGAGCUGAAAGCCGAACAGUCACACUGGGCCAUCCGUUCGAGUUUGGAGGAUCAUGAACCACUUGAAGUUGACUGCUAAAUAGCCGGGAGUGGACUAACGAAGGACCGGAGGGAUCGAGGUGAAACUAAUCAACAUGGCGGUGUUCAAGCCUGAAAAUGUGGCAGACUUCUAUGAGAUCGGGGAAGUUCUGGGAAGUGGGCAUUUUGGUCAGGUUAAAAAGGUCCGUGAGUUGUCCACUGGGACGUACUGGGCAGGCAAGUUCCUGAAGAUUCGGAAGAGCUCGUGCAGCCGUCUGGGCCUGGAAAGGAGCAGCGUGGAGCGGGAGGUGGAGGUCCUCCACUCUGUACAACACCCAAACAUCGUGGCUCUCAAAGAUGUUUUUGAGAGUCGAUCUGAGGUGGUGCUCAUUCUGGAGAUCGUCAGUGGAGGGGAGUUGUUCGACUUCAUCGCUGAGAAGGAGAACCUGUUGGAGAGUGAGGCCAUUGAGUUCAUGAAGCAGAUCCUGGAGGGACUGGGAUUCAUGCACAGCAAGAACAUUGCCCACUUUGACCUGAAGCCAGAAAACAUCAUGUUGUCAGACAAAGUGUCUCCAAACCCCAACAUCAAACUCAUUGACUUUGGCCUGGCUCACCGUUUUCACCAGGGGGAGGAGUACAGGAGCACAAGCGGCACCCCACAAUACAUCGCCCCUGAGGCGAUCAACUCUGAACCUCUGAGCACAGCAGCAGAUAUGUGGAGCAUUGGAGUUAUUACCUACAUACUAUUGAGCGGUUUGUCACCAUUCCAAGGUGACACUGAUGAAGAGACUCUGAAGAACAUCAUCGCCCUGAAGUACGAGUUUGAGGCUCAGUAUUUCAGUAUGACCAGUUGCAUGGCUAAAGAUUUCAUCCAGAAACUCUUGAUGAAAAAUCCCAGUGAGAGAAUGACAGCUGAGGAGUGUCUGCUUCAUCCAUGGAUUAAGCCCAUCACACGCAAACAGGUGGCCAAUAGGAAUCGAUCCUCAAUUAAUAUGAAGAGCUUUAAGAAGUUCAACGCUAGAAGGAAAUGGAAGAUGUCCUAUAACAUGGUGUGGAUGUGUAACCGGCUGGUCCAUUUGAAACUGCUCUGUAAAGGCAGCUCAGAUCCAGAUCCACUACAGAGACAAUGUGAAAGCGACGUAGAGGACACAGAGAGCAAGCCUGCCUCACUGCUGCGUAGAAGACUCAGUAGCAGUUCAUAGAUGUGACCAGAAGGAGGCAGCAGAGUGCAGAGUGGUCCAGGCUGGAGGAGAGAGGAUCACUCAAGGGAAAUGUUGUCUGUUACACUGUUCAGUUGAAAUGGAUGACUGAAUAUUGUCAAGAGUCACAAACUGUCUCAGAAGAACCCGUGAAGGAGUGUGAAAUAAGCACAGCCUUGUUUAAUCAGCUUGUCUUUAUGAAAGACCUUCAAAAGAUAAACUAAUGCUGCUUUCUUUUAAAGUUCAGCUCAUGGUCACUAUGGAUGCAUGCCUUUAAUGAUGCUUGUAUUGAAGGUUACAAUGCAUUUGGAUUGUACAGAUUUGGGGAAACUUUUUGAUAACAUAAUGUGCACAGAAAAGGUUUGUGUAGAAUUAUUUUUUCCUGUCCAAGUCUUCCAUGAGUUUUACAUUGAUGAUAAUGUUUUCAUCAUGCAAUUCCACUGCCAAAUGCAAAUACUAGAUAUAUUUUGUUUUGUGAUGGCUAAUACUUGUAAAAAACAUAUGUAAACUGUAAAAAGGGAGAGUGCAGGAGAGCUUUUCAUACCAUCACCAUCACAUGAAACGAGCAGGUUGGAAACAAACCUCCAGGUUAGUCAGAUUUAUUUGGAAGAGAAAAAGAAGGUGAACAAUAAAUGAUCCUUUAUUAACAUCCAUCAACAUCUACCCCCCCCCCCCCCC